AUGGCGGACCCUUUAAGCAUCACCACAUCUGUGCUUGCGCUACUCACGACAGCCGCUCAGUCUGUAAAGUUGCUUGUCGAGACUGUCAAUCGCUACAAAGGUCGGGAUAGAACCCUGUCUCGACUACAGGCAGAGCUCGAGGCCUUCUUACGGAUCCUAGAUGCGCUACACAAGGUCGUCGAAACAGAAUCCGCCAUGAUGGUCCUUCUUAAAGACCCUAUUCUCCGAUGCAGCCAGUUAUGUAACGACUUCGAGAAAGCCAUGAAGGUGUUCAGCGGGAAGUCUAAAGUGGGCUUCCGAGAUUGGGCAAAAAUGGAGUUCAUGCGGGGCGACAUCAACGAUUUCUUGGACGCUUUGUCGGGUUACAAAGAAACGAUCUCGAUAGGUCUCGGCACAAUCACCAUGCAGACAUCUAAAGCUUCCCAGAAAGUCCUCGAGGAAUACAACGAGAUGAUCAUGGAUACCAUCUAUCGCCUCAACGUUCGACUGCAGCGUAUCGACGAAAAGAUGGACGGGUUGACUACGGAAGUUGCAGGCAGCGUGGAUGCCUCGGGCAUGACCACAGACCUGGAGGAUGAGCGGGUUGUGACAGAGCGAUGCCUGCGAAUCUGUGAGGAUGCGCAGCACUAUCUUGAGACCUUGGCAAGCGAUGGGGACCUUCUGAAGCAUCAACUGGCCCCGACCAAUAGUGGAAACGACCAGAUGCGAUUUGAAGCACAGCUGAUGAUACGCCGAACACUGGACGAAAACCGGGAUAACUUCUCGGAAACCAUCGGUCGGUUGCAUGAACGCUUAGCGUCCCUGCCUCGGAACGGGACAAGUCAAGAUGAAAGCGAGAAAUCACGGUUGGAGGAGGACCUCAAGGCUUCGAAGAAGUGUCUAGAGGUCUGUAAAGCGGCCUCUGAGACAGUUGCCCAGCAGAGAAUAUAUCGGGUUGGUGAGUUAAUCGCAGACGUCGAAAGCGACCAAGUAGUUAUCACCACCUUGGCAGACCUCUUUGACGUCAAGAAGGCAUCAUCUACGAACGGCUCAGCGCAGUGGAUCGGCUCAUUUACGGACGAAACUGCUCGACAGAUAUCCAUAGAUCGUUAUCGCAGUCGUUUUGGGGCAAUGUCUAGUACUGAGAUAGGUACCACCACUCAGGUUCCGCCGGAUUCAUGGACGGCCAAAGAUCACACUGCGCGUCGGGCCCAUACUGACAGACAACCAUCUGCGCGGGAAGCGACGGGGAGGAGGCCGACUCCAAACGAAGUCAGGAGGCGUGCUUCUGGAGCCGAUGGGAAAUGGCCGGCCAACGACGAGGUGUGA